AUGGAAGAAAAAAACGCAGAAAAUAUUACUUUGAUUCUUAAAGAAAUUCAAGAAUUAAAAUCAACUACAUUAAGCAUUUUACCAAAACUUCAAUCAGAUAUUAAUCAAUUAACUGAAAAUUUUGAGAACUUGGUGGUCGAUGAGAAUAAUAAUGAUUUGAUUAUGAUUUCUAACAACAACGAUGAUUAUAUUGAAGAGGAACCUAUUAAAAAUUAUCCUGAUGAAUCAUUAACAUCUGGUGAUGAAAGUGAAUCCAGAGAUUCUAAAAAAUCUAACCAAAUUGCUGCAAAUAUACCAAGAUCAUUAUCCAAUAGAUUACGAACUCCAAUUCGAGAUGCUAUUGGUUCUGCUACAACUGAAAACAUGAGUAAACAACAACAAAAACAAAAAUCUUCGCAAGCAAUAACAGCCAACAAUAAACGUGAUAAUCAACGUGAAAAGUUAAAAGAUAAUUGGGAAGUUUCGACAGCUGUGACUACUUUUGAUGAAAUGAAACUUAAACCAGAAAUAUUGAAUGGAAUUCGCGAAUUAAAUAUUGCAAAACCUACACCUUUGCAACAACGAGGAAUAACUGCAUUGCUGACACGUAAAGAUUGUGUAAUUCAAGUUCCACGGUGUGAAGAGCGUGCUUUAACAUAUUUGACUGCUAUCCUUGAACAAAUUGAACCCGAGGAAAAAAUUUGUCAAGCCGUUGUUAUCAUUCAUCUUAAAGAUCUCUGUUAUGUUAUUCAAGAUUUUCUUAGUAUCCUUGGAAAAGAAUUACAACUUUCUUGCUUCACGUGUGUUGGUGGAUUUCCAUUAAGAAAAGACAUCGAAAGAUUAAUGAAUAGUCCACAAAUUAUUAUUGCUACCCCAGGCAGAUUGAUUGAUUUAAUAAGUCAAAGAAGAAUCGAUUUUUCGGGAGUGAAAACGGUAGUGGUCGAAGAUUCUUGUAUCAUGUUUAACAGUACAUUUCGAUCACAAACCUUUGACAUAAUUUUUCGACUUGCAAGAAGAUAUGAUACUGAUGAUCGUCAAAGAGUUCAGCGUGUCCUAAUGACCACAGCAACAACUUUUACCUUGGCAGACAUUAAAAAUAGAAUUUUACAAGAACCACAUAUUGUUAUUGAUGACUCGUCACAUAUUAAAGAUGGUAGUGGUGAAAAUGACGACAUGGAUGAUAAUAGACAAUUAUCGUCAUCUCCAUUACCAUCUUCAUCAAAAACAACAAUGUCUUCAUCUAGUGCAUCAACGUCGAUCAUUAUAUUCUGUGAUAAUAGCGAUCGAGUCAAUUGGUUGUUCAAUAAAUUAGGCAAUUUUCACGAUAAGUUUAAUAUUUUUGCUUUGCAUUUAUCUACAGAACAAUUAGAAAGACAUGAAAUUAUCAAAUCGUUCUGGAACAAAAAAUCGACAAAAUCAUCAAUUACAAUUACUUUAGAUUGUUUUGCUUCGGUAUUGGCCUUUUAUCCAGUUAAAUAUUGUAUACAAUUUGAUUUGCCUUUUAAAAAGGAAAACUAUCAAGAUAGAAUAUGUUGUUGCGGCGGAUAUGGAGUAAAAGGAAUUAAUGUUAAUAUCAUUAAUAAACAACAAAUGUACGAUCUUGAUACUUUGGAACGUUAUUAUAAAGUACAAAGUAAUAAAUUACCUAGUAAUGCCGAACCUUUUGGUAUCAUUUGA